AGGCAAUUGUGAAUCUUGCCUGAGCCUGGCGGCGAACAGGCGGGAAAGCGUGGAGAUUUUACGUCUUGUUAAACCGGCCGCAAGGAUGCACGCGUUCUUGAAGACCGGGAAAUUGGGCGCCCUAGCCGACGUUAAGAAACCAUCGACCUCCCGCGCGAACAAUGACAAGAAGAAUCUCAUGCCAUGGGUAGAGAAAUAUCGGCCGAAGAAUGUCGACGACAUCGUGGAGCAGACGGAGGUGGUGAACGUGAUAAGGCAAGCCAUGGAGCGUGGCGACUUCCCUAACAUGCUGUUUUACGGGCCACCCGGUACCGGCAAGACCAGCAUCAUCCACGCGGCUGCGAGGCAGAUGUUCGGCAGCAUGUACAAGGACAGGAUACUAGAACUAAAUGCUUCCGACGACAGAGGCAUCCAGGUCGUGAGGGAGAAGAUCAAGUCCUUCGCACUGCGCAGAGCUAAUCCGACUGGACCAGACGGAAAGAAAUGUCCUCCAUUCAAGAUCAUCAUCCUGGACGAGGCAGACAGUAUGACCGGUACCGCGCAAACGGCACUUCGUCGAAUCAUGGAGAAGGAGGCGCACAGUACACGUUUUUGCCUGGUCUGCAAUUAUCUGUCGCGGAUCAUCAAGCCGAUCGCGUCGCGCUGCACCAAGUUCCGGUUCAAGCCCCUGAGCGAUGAAAAGAGCAUUGCCAGGCUGGAAUACAUAUGCAACGAGGAGAGUCUGAAGGCCGACAGAAGUGUCCUGGAGAGAAUAGUCGAAGCGUCAGGUGGCGACUUGAGGCAGGCUGUCAUGUGCUUGCAAUCGAUCACGCGACUGAAAGGCAAGGACCACGAGAUCACUGUGGAGGAUGCCCUGGACGUGAUUGGGUUGGUGCCUGAUCAUGUAAUUGAUACGUUGUGGGAGGCCUGUAAGAAGGGAAACUAUUCAAAUAUUCAAAAGUUGCUCGAUGAUUUAUUACUGGAAGGAUAUCCAGCAUCACAGGUGAUUGAACAAUUGAACGAGAGGGUUAUUUUCUCCAACGAAUUAACUGACCAGCAGAAAGUGCGAAUUGGUGAUGCGCUCGGCGUAUGCGAUUAUAGGCUAACGGAAGGAAGCGAUGAGUAUCUGCAGCUUUUGAAUGUGUUUUCUACCAUCUUGUCAACAUACAGUUCAAUUUGUGAUCGUAACCAGACAGGGAUUAUCCAAAUUUCACUAAACUAGCUCAUCCAGGAAUUUUUGACUGUUGCACAUUUGUAAAAUAAACUAGCUAGUGAUACCUAAAAUUAACUAUAAACUACAAAUCACCACA